AUGCCACACCCCCACACCGACUCCUCUAUCCCCCUCCCCGCCACAGACGACUCCCCCUUCAUAUCCCUCGGCGUCCGCCACAGAAGCAAGCCUUCCUCUGCCACUACGCCUUCCCCCAAACGAUCAUCCAACAGCAUGUUCAAUGCCAGAAAAUACACCCCGCUGCCGACCAGCUCCAAUGGGCCCGUGCGAAAGAGGACCGGCGCGGGGCUCGUGGCGUGGAAAAGAUGGGCGCUGCUCGCCACUGUCGUCCUGGUCAUUCUUGGCCUCAGUUUCAGACGGUACGGUGGCCAAGAAGAGGCGGUGUACAAUGAGGAUAACACCUACACGCCGUCUCUCGAUGACACUACCGACGAGACCGAGGCGAUCGACUACAGCUCGCCUCCCUUCCGACCUGAAGACUCUGACAUUGCUGCUCCUCACGGCGACGACGAGUCAAAAGAAGAAGACGGAUCUCUCCACAUCCUUCCCAUUGGCGACACUACCAACGAGGACCCUUCCAACCCCCACGACCCCACUUCCUCCGAGGCUGAGACUGCUGCAGAGGCCGACGCAGACUUUACCGAGAUUACCGACGAGACCUCUGGCACCGACGGACAGUCCAACCUCCCGUCUUCAUUCGAGGACGACGAGAACCCCGAGUCUACGACUGCCUGUACUGAGCCCUACGGCGACAAGCCUUUGGUCCAGUACGCCUUGACCAUCGAUGCUGGUUCUACCGGUUCUCGUAUCCACGUCUACAAGUUCCACAACUGCGGUCCUUCUCCCCAGCUCGAGUACGAGACUUUCAAGAUGCUCAACCCUGGUCUUUCUGCCUUUGCUCGUGACCCCACUGCUGCCGCUGCUUCCCUCGACCCUCUCCUUGAAGAGGCUUACAGAGUCGUCCCCGAGAGCUUGAGGAAAUGUACUCCUGUAGAGGUCAAGGCUACUGCUGGUCUGCGUCUUUUGGGUCAACAGGAGAGCGUUGCCAUCCUCGAUGAGGUGAGGAACAGGCUCGAGACCAACUGGGACUUUACUGUGCAUGGCGAGACCGCUGUCGAGAUCAUGGACGGCAAGGACGAAGGCGUCUAUGCUUGGAUCACCGCCAACUACCUCCUCAACAAGAUCGGAGAAGGCGCUACCUCUGAUGACACUCUCGCCGUCAUGGACCUGGGAGGUGCUUCCACCCAAAUCGUAUUCGAGCCCAAGUUCCCCGCCGACUCUGAACAAGCCCUUAUCGAAGGCGAGCACAAGUACGAGCUCAACUUUGGCGGCAAGGAUUUCACUCUUUACCAACACUCUUACCUCGGCUACGGCUUGAUGCGCGCCAGGAGGAGUGUGCACAACCUUGUGGCCUUUACUUGGAGCUUUGGACAGGGUGAAGUCCAGUGGGAUGAGCUGAGCGAGGAGGUCGAGGUGCCCAACCCUUGUCUGUCUAGGGGCAUGACUAGGAGAGUCUCGCUUGACCCUCCCGGCAGGUCUGCUGUCAAUGUCACCAUGCACGGUGCUGUUGGUGGGUACGAGGCUUGCAACAGGGUCGUCGAACUGGUCAUGGCCAAGGACGCCAUCUGUGAGGUCAAGCCCUGCUCUUUCAACGGUGUCUACCAGCCGUCCCUCCUCGACACCUUCCCCCGAGGCCAGCUCCUCGCCCUCUCCUACUUUACCGACCGUAUCAAGCCCCUCCUUCCCGCCAACGCCCCCGGCCUCCUCUCCAUCUCUGAACUCACCUCCAUCGCCAAGGAUGUCUGUGCCGGGCCUGAUGCCUGGGCCGAACGAUGGGGCAGCAACCCCACUGCAAUGGAUGAGUUGAAGGACAGGCCCGAGUACUGCCUCGACCUGACAUUCAUGAACGCCUUGCUCGGGCUCGGGUACGAGCUCAGCCCGGCGAGAGAGUUGAUGGUGGAGAAGAAGCUGAAGGGUGUCGAGCUCGGAUGGGCUCUUGGUGCUGGUUUGGCGCUUGUGGGUAAGGCCGAGUUGACUUGUACUGCCUGA